AUGACAUGUGGGGACCCAGCAUGGGUGUACGAGGGUCAGAAGCACCGAAUGCUGCUCCCUUGGAUUGAGCGUUGGCAGGGUUUUACCAAUUAUCCUGCGUACUGUGAGACCGGUCCGAAGGACCACGAACGCGACUACCCAGCCCCGAAGCAUACUUCGGAUUUCUCGGCUCAGAUGAACCGUCUGGUAAGGCCGUCCUCCUCUGAUUUGAUUGCCUACUCGACUCGCUUUCGAUCUGACUCUGUCUACAGCCUGAAGGCAAAGCACGCUCUAGUGAGCCAAGCUUCCAAGUUCGCCGUGAAAAGUGUCAUCUACCGCGUGGACCAGGAGCUCCGUCCGAACCGUACCCGUGUCGACCCUGGUUCAGCUCCUCGCUUGAGCAUGCUGCAAGCCGCCCAGAAAGGACUUCCGUCGCCUUUCCAUGCCCAAGCUUCAGCGAUGCCUGCCCGUUUGCCUCCGGUGGACCGCACCCCUUCCAGCCCUUUCCGGGCCCGACGCUCGAGGACUAUCCAGGCGCCAACCAGGCGCCGUGACGAUCUACGCAACACCUUGACACGGGACAGCUACCAUGAGUUCACCCCGGGCGAGACCACCCGUUGGCUUGAUCGAUGCUCACGGGCGGCGGCUGAUGAUCGUCCUCUGGGAGGACCCUUCUAG